AACACUUUUCUUUUCCGAAUUUUCCGAGGAAAAAUAAUCACCAUGUCGAAACUUCUCCGGCGAAAAAACCUCAAACAACUCCUUACAUUUUCUCUCUCCUCCACUGUUCCGCCGCCACAUCCCCCUCUCUCUCCUCACCACCACCGCAACCACCAUCGCCGCCAUUAUCACCGCCACUCCUCAUCUCUUAAAAUCACCAACUCACUUUUAUGUCACCCUCAAUUUCCGGCAUUUCUUAAAUUAGGGUUCGGGUUUCAAGGUCGGCUAAAAUGGGAAGGGAGUUCCGACAACUACGAUCAAAUCAAGGCGGUUGUAAAUUGCCCUCGUUGCUCGAAGCAAAUGAAUGUCCUCUUCUCGAAUCGUCCAUUGUCGAUUACUCCCAACGAAGUAGGGAUUUACCAAGCGUUGAAUAUUUGUCCUCACUGCAAAACUGCGUUUUACUUUCGGCCGUUUAAAUUGGCGCCGUUGCAGGGGAGUUUCUUCGAGAUUGGGAAGGUUGGAGGGAAGGAUAAGGAUGAUAUGAUGAUGGAGGGGAUGUUUGUGAAGGAGGAUGAUAUUAGUAAUAGUAAUGGUGAGGAGGAGAAUGAGAAGGUUUCUAUGUGGCAGAAGUUGAGGUCUUAUGUUAGGGAUCUUCCUCCUCCUCCUUCACCCGAGGAUUCGACGCUGAGUUCGGGGCAGAAUCAUUAUUGGGCUGCUACUAGAGUGGAGUGUGAUAGUGUGCCCGGGGACCUGCCCAAAGGAGGAGGUCGGGUGAACGGGGUUGGAGAGAGAGAUGUGUGGGGUGGAGCGAAUUUGGGGAUGAAUUUGCCAACGCCUAAGGAGAUUUGCAGGGGACUCGAUGAGUUUGUCAUUGGGCAGGAACGAGCUAAGAAGGUGCUUUCAGUUGCAGUCUAUAACCAUUACAAGAGAAUACAUUACACUUCUGAGAAAAACCAGUUUGGCGCAGAUGUAGAUGACAAUGACGUCAAACAGGAUGACUUUGAUCUUGUUGAAUUGGAAAAAAGCAACGUCUUGUUGAUGGGUCCAACUGGUUGUGGGAAGACAUUACUUGCAAAAACAAUGGCUCGCUUGGUGAAUGUGCCGUUUGUCAUUGCAGAUGCAACAACAUUAACUCAAGCAGGCUAUGUUGGAGAAGAUGUGGAAUCAAUAUUGUUUAAACUACUAACGGUUGCUGACUUUAAUGUGGAAGCUGCUCAACAAGGGAUAGUCUACAUUGACGAAGUGGAUAAGAUUACAAAGAAGGCUGAGAGCUCAAACAUUGGAAGAGAUGUAUCUGGUGAAGGUGUUCAACAGGCAUUGCUGAAAAUGCUGGAAGGAACAAUAGUGAAUGUUCCUGACAAGGGUGCUCGAAAGAAUCCCCGAGGUGAUAGCGUACAGAUCAAUACAAAAGAUAUUCUGUUCAUAUGUGGUGGAGCAUUUGUUGAUCUGGAAAAAACUAUAUCUGAAAGGCGUCAUGAUUCCUCAAUAGGUUUUGGAGCACCAGUUCGUGCUAACAUGAGAUCUGGCCGGAUGACUAAUGCUGUGAUUGCAUCUUCAUUAUUGGAAACUGUAGAAAGCAGUGAUCUUAUUGCAUAUGGUCUUAUACCAGAGUUUGUUGGCAGAUUUCCAGUGUUAGUGAGCUUGUCAGCAUUGAAUGAGGAUCAACUUGUGCAGGUGCUCAUGCAGCCAAAAAAUGCCCUUGGUAAACAAUACAAGAAGAUGUUUAGCAUGAAUGAUGUCAAAUUUCAUAUCACAGAGGAAGCUUUGAAAUUAAUUGCAAGAAAAGCAAUGGCGAAAAACACUGGUGCACGUGGACUAAGAUCUAUAUUGGAGACCAUUCUUACUGAGGCUAUGUUUGAGGUUCCGGAUGCCAAAAUAGGAACUGACCGAGUAGAUGCAGUUGUGGUGGAUGAAGAAGCUGUUGGAUCAGGCGACAGAACAGGCUUGGGAGCAAAAAUUUUGCGUGGACAUCAUGCAUUUAAAAAAUUUCAACAAGAAACAAAAUCCAGUGAUCAGACGAAUCAAUAUGAGGUGGUGAAGGUUGAAUCACCAGAAAGUGAUGUGCAGUUCGCGUGCCGAGCUAUGAACUUGUAAUCUACUUUUUUGGUAUAUGCGUUAAAUAUGUAUUCUAAUGUAAAUUGUCCCAAAGGGAAAUUAGAAUGAUGACAUCUGUAUUCAAGUUAUGUGUUGCUUAAGAGUUACCCUGAGGUAUAUAUGAAAAUUCUAAGAUAGUCAUGAUAAAAA